AUGAAGAGGAAGACCGAACAUUAUUUAGAUGACACGAAGAGUGGUACUCGUCAUUCUAGAGAAGCAGAGCGCUUCAAGGCUGGUUUCCGACAGCUGUCAACGGUUCCAGUACCUCCGAAUCGCAAGGACUCCUACAACGUGAUGAUCCUGUGUUUGGACUCCACUUCUCGCAAUGGUUUUAUAAGAACCAUGCAAAAAAGUUACAAAUAUUUGACUGAGCAGUUGAAUGCUGUUAUUUUGAACAGUUACAAUAUCGUGGCUGACGGUACAACUGGCGCCCUCUACCCUAUUUUAUCUGGUAAACCUGAAGAAGAACAUAUAUUUUCGAGAUAUAGAUGGGAAACCGCGAGGAAGAAAUAUAUAGGCCCUAUGAAGUUUAUUUUCCAUAUGUUGAAGAAAUAUGGUUACCGUACAGCUUACUUCGAAGACAUGCCCUGGACUGGCUCAACACAGCAAAAAUUCACCUGGUUCCGAAAACAGCCUGCAGACCAUUACCUCCGAACGACUGUGCUAAAUGAGCUCGAUAGAGAUAGAGAAGAGAAGACUCAUCGAGGGCAUCCUACAAGGCACUGCGUUGGACCUACUCCACAAUAUCAGUUCAUGAUGAAUUUGGCUGAUCAGUUUCUCAAGUUAGACGGCAAGAAGUUCUGCUUCACAUUAAUAGUAGACACGGCAUAUGAUAACUUCACGGUGCAUCCUACUGCUGAUGACAGUUUGGUCUCCUUCCUCAAGACCCUCGAAGAUAGGGGAGCUCUUGAAGACACGCUGGUCAUGGUCAUGGGAGACCAUGGAUCUAGGUACUCAAAACAGCGCAAUACUUACCAAGGCAGAAUGGAGGAAAGACUACCUUUAAUGGCCAUUCUCUUACCUGAAAAGCUGAAAAAACUCAGACCUGAUGCCUUCGAGGCUCUAAAACAAAACCAAGAUGUUUUGACCACGCCCUUUGAUGUCCAUGCUACCAUAUUAGAUGUACUGGAUCUCAAGAAUAAGAUCGAUAAAGAUAAAAUACCCGGAACUAAUCUUCCUAGAGUCAUGACUUUGUUGGAACCGAUUCCGAAAUCCCGUUCAUGUGGUGAAGCAGGGGUGAUGCCGCACUGGUGUGCUUGCUCCGAAUGGCACAACGUGGCCAGGAAUGACCCCAAAUUCGCGCACGUGGGUACAGUGUUCUCCGAAUACGUCCAGAGCAUGACUCAAGAAGUCGGGGAGUUAUGUGCCAUAAGAAGGCUAUCAUCUACGGAAUGGGUGUUGCACCAGCGAGCAGUAGACCAUCUAUCCAGAAUCAACUACAUUGACUCCAAGGAUCUGAGAAAUAACAAUCCUUUUAUGAAGACUUUGGACGAUUAUUAUCAGGCUAGGAUAAUAAUGUAUCCAGGCAAGGCGGUGUUUGAGGGCACAUUGGUAUACAACUCCGCCGGGGAUUACUACAUGAUCACCUACAGGGACCUUUCUCGAGUAAAUGCGUAA